AUGUAUUUGUUGCUUAUUCCUGUACUUGCUCCUUGCAGCUCUUCAAAUCCAUGGCAUUUGCGGACGCCAGCUAGAAUAUAUUAUUCUGGAAAUAAGGUGGUUGAUUUGGACCAUCUAUUAAGUAACUGGGGUUAUUCAAGGAAGAGAUGCUUUAUAAGACUUGCUUUGUUAGAGCACAGUAAUGGUUACAGUCUUAAUCUCCGAGCAGUGGGACAUAGGAAAUGCUAUCUAAACUUUCGAAAAGCAAGGAGGAUGGGUAACCUAGUUCCGCUUGCAUCUGCUGAUGAUGGUGUCACAGUCAACGGGAGUCCUCAAGCAAGUACCAGCAGGGAUGUUGAGGCCAUAAAGGUCAAACUUAAUCAAUCACUUAAUGGUGAAGAUUCUAGCGAUGGACUGGUCCAAUUUUUACAUGAAGCAGCCAGGGUUUUUGAGUUAGCAAUUAAGGAACAGGGUUCAUUCUCAAAGUUGUCUUGGUUUUCAACUGCAUGGCUUAGUGUAGAUAAAAAUGCCUGGGUCAAAGCACUGUGUUAUCAGGCUUCAGUGUAUUCCUUAUUGCAAGCUGCAAGUGAGAUUGCAUCCCGAGGGGAUGGUAGAGACAGAGACAUAAAUGUUUUUGUCCAAAGGAGUUUAUUACGACAAUCUGCUUCCCUUGAGAGCUUAAUCCGGGAUCAACUAUCAGCCAAGCAACCUGAAGCUUAUGAGUGGUUUUUCUCUGAGCAAGUUCCAUUGGUGGUAACAUCCUUUGUCAAUUAUUUUGAAGGGGACUCUCGCUUUACUGCUGCAACUAUUGUGUCUAGGAAGGGAACACUCUUGGGGUCUAGCAACACAAGUGACAUAUCUCUUCUCAUGCUUGCACUGACAUGCAAUGCCGCAAUUACAAAGCUUGGGCAAGCAAAAGUAUCUUGCCCUCAAUUCUUUUCUACAAUUCCUGAUAUAACCGGCAGAUUGAUGGACAUGCUGGUUGAUUUUAUUCCUAUACGCCAGGCUUAUCUUUCUGUAAAGGAUAUUGGUCUGCGCAGAGAGUUCCUUGUUCAUUUUGGUCCUCGAGCUGCAGCAUGUAGAGUGAAAAAUGAUCGAGGUUCAGAAGAAGUUGUUUUCUGGGUGGAUCUUGUACAGAUGCAGUUACAGCGAGCUAUAGAUAGAGAGAGAAUAUGGUCAAGACUUACAACCUCUGAAAGUAUUGAGGUAUUGGAGAGGGAUCUGGCUAUAUUUGGAUUCUUUAUUGCCCUGGGUAGAAGCUCUCAAUCCUUUCUAUCAGCAAAUGGAUUUGAUGUUUUAGAUGAACCACUUGGAGGCUUUGUUAGGUUCCUGAUUGGGGGCAGCAUCUUAUACUAUCCUCAGCUUUCAUCAAUAAGUUCCUAUCAAUUGUAUGUAGAGGUAGUCUGUGAAGAGCUGGACUGGCUUUCAUUUUAUCCUGGCAAUUCAGGCACCCCUAAACAGUCUCACGGGCAUAAAAGUAAAUGGGAAGGACCUCCCAAUGCAGAAGCAAUCCCCCAAGUCCUAGAAGUAUGCCUUCAUUGGAUGCAGAGUUUUAUCAAAUACAGUAAAUGGCUGGAGAGCCCUUCUAAUGUUAAGGCAGCGAGAUUCUUGUCUAGAGGGCACAACAAAUUAGUGGAGUGUAUGGAAGAACGGGGUUUAUUGAAGAAUGAAAAGAUGAAAAGCUAUUCCGAUAAUACUGUUGAGAGGACUAGAUCUGGAACUCGUCCACCAACUGAGAAAGAAUUGGAUUCUUUUGACAAGGCCUUGGAGAGUGUUGAAGAAGCGGUGAUAAGACUAGAGAAGUUGCUUCAGGAUUUGCAUGUGUCAAGUUCUAACUCAGGAAAAGAGCAUAUAAAAGCUGCUUGUUCUGACCUUGAGAAGAUAAGGAAGCUCAAGAAAGAGGCUGAAUUUUUGGAGGCGUCCUUUAGAACCAAAGCAGCUUCCCUUAAGGAGGAAGGUAAUCGCUCCCGGUCUUCUAUUACCAAGCAGCAACAGUUCCUUAAAGGGAAAAACAGAAAGAAUGGUAACAUGAUGAUUGAUGGGGGCAACAGUAACUCUCGGGGAUUGUGGAGCUCCUUUAUGCGCCGUCCAACCAGAAAGUCCAAUCCUGAGUUGAUCGUGGAAGAACCUGAUAAUGAAGUUGUUGAGCAAACUGCUUCAAAUAUUGAUUUUGACGACCCAGAAUCAACUAAAAUCCAGCGUUUUGAACUUUUAAGGAAUGAGCUGAUAGAACUUGAAAAGCGGGUGCAAAGGAGUGCUGAUCAAUCAGAAAAUGAGGAGGAUAUUAAGCCUGCUGAUGAUAGUUCUACGUAUGAGGAUGACAUUGGAGCUGCUCAACUAGUCCAAGUUCAGAAGAAAGAGAAUAUCAUUGAAAAAUCGUUUGACAAGCUAAAAGAAGCUAGCACGGAUGUGUGGCAAGGAACUCAAUUGCUAGCUAUUGACACUGCUGCUGCUACGGGGUUGCUUAGAAGGGUCUUGAUUGGAGAUGAACUGACAGAAAAAGAAAAGAAAAUUUUGCGAAGAACUCUGACCGACUUAGCAUCAGUUGUUCCUAUUGGUGUCUUAAUGCUUCUUCCUGUCACUGCUGUUGGACAUGCAGCUAUGUUGGCUGCUAUUCAAAGAUAUGUACCAGCUCUGAUACCAUCGACCUAUGGACCAGAAAGAUUGGAUCUCUUGAGGCAAGUUGAGAAACUGAAGGAAAUGGAAAGCAGUGAAGACAGUUCCAACGAAAGCAUGGAGGAACUAGCUUGA